AUGGGUAGCAACACCACCGUCCAACCACCACCGCAAUACGCCCCCUACCGCCUCGUCAAAACCUUAACCUCCCACCAAUCCGCCAUCUCCUGCGUCAAAUUCUGCAACAGCGGCAAAGUCCUCGCCUCCGCCUCCUUAGACAAAACCCUCAUCCUCUGGAACGCCCAAAACCUAACCCUAAUCUCCCGCCUCAUCGGCCACUCCGAAGGCGUCUCCGACCUCGCUUGGUCCUCCGACUCCCACUACAUCUGCUCCGCCUCCGACGACAAAACCAUCCGCAUCUGGGACGCACGGGCCGCCGAGUGCGUCAAAACCCUCCGUGGCCACACUGAUUUCGUCUUCUGUGUCAAUUUCAGCACCCAAUCUAACCAAAUCGUUUCCGGAUCGUUCGACGAAACCAUCAGGGUUUGGGACGUCAAAACCGGCAAGACUAAUCACGUCAUCAGAGCUCACUCGUUACCGGUGACUUCUGUUCAUUUUAACCGUGAUGGAUCGUUGAUUGUUUCCGGUAGUCACGACGGUAGCUGUAAGAUUUGGGAUGCUGCCACCGGAACUUGCUUGAAGACGCUAAUCGACGACAAGGUUCCGGCGGUUUCUUUUACCAAGUUCUCGCCUAAUGGGAAAUUUAUACUCGUGGCUACACUUGACGAUACUCUGAAGCUUUGGAACUACUCUACUGGGAAAUUCUUGAAGAUGUAUACGGGUCAUAUAAACAAGAAGUAUUGCAUAACGCCCACGUUCUCCGUCACAAAUGGCAAAUACAUUGUUAGUGGUUCGGAGGAUCACUGUGUCUACAUUUGGGAUUUACAGGGGAAGAACUUGCUACAGAAACUAGAAGGGCAUACCGAUACUGUUGUUUCUGUAAGUUGCCACCCAUCCGAGAACAUGAUCGCUUCUGCAGGGCUUCUUGGUGAUGGAACAAUUAAAAUAUGGGUUCAACCAAGUUAGUGAAUGGCAUUGAUAAGAUGUAUACUUUUAUCUACUGCCACUUCUGUAUACGUUAAUCCAUGAUUUCUUACGGCAAACGUGGUUGCUUCUAAGAGGAGGGUUUGUCUCUUUAUGAUCAUUCUAUAUUCCAUUACAACUAAAAUUUGAUUUGUAUACCAUAUUUGCAUAGUUAAACGGGGUCAUACCUUGAUUUUAUAAAAGGGUUGAAGCAGUUAUUUCAUGGAGUUUCUAUGGCAAACAUUAUGUAUCGAGUUGCUGCUAUAUAUCUAAGAACCUAAUUUUUGUACAUACCACCAACCUUUUAGACCUGAAGCUGGCAGAUAUGCAACCCAAUUGUACUUUUAAGAUGCGGACGGACAGGAUUGGAAUGUUUCUCUCUCCCUUGUUCUUGCAGAGGAUUUUAGGGUUUUAAUUUGACAUGAGUAGUUCAAUAAUUGUGGAGGGUUUUAUGGUUUUAAUUUGACAUGAUAGUAAAAUAAUUGUGGAGGGUUUUAAUUUGACACGAGUGGUUCAGUAAUUUACAAUAAGUCUCGUCUUUAUCUCCCUUAUUCUUGUUCCAUAGAUUUUUUUGCGACAGAAAAAAUGCGUUUUGUCCCACUCAUGUUGGGUCUAUUCCCGUCUCCGUCUAAUAUCGUGCCAAUUGUGCUACAAGGUUGUGAACGGUCACUCGGUCCUACAUACCAAAAGCACCCAAAAUGUGCUACAAGGUUAUGGACUGUAAGUGUCCUACGUAUCAAAAGCCCCCGAAGUGUGCUACAAGGUUAUGCACUGUUAGUGUCAUGCGUACCAAAAGCACCCCAAAUGUGCUAUGCAUACCAAAAGCACCCCAAGGGCCAUGCCCAACCCACUAGGAGCUACUAUUAAAUUGUUGUGGAUAGUUUGGUGAUAUUGGAAUCUUGGUUCAUGUCUUGUGGCUCAUGUACUUUCUUGGAUGGCUUGAAUAUGUAUUUUAGCCUUCUUUUUAGGCUUUAUGGUUCGGGAAAAGGCAUUCAGUUUUGUUCAUUUUGUAGGCUAAACUGCUAAAGUUAUGCUUGUUUGCUGCAGAGUUUGUGCACUAGUAGUGCAUAUAACUAGAGGUAAUUUUUAAUGCAAUGGCAUUAUCUAUAACUGAAAAGUAGUUUGCAAUUUACAUACCAAAAUCAAACUCUCUCCUGCCUGUAAUGUGAUACUGGUUUCC